GUCAUCUCACAUCUAAGAGUGAUGUCUAUAGCUUUGGGGUAGUGUUACUGGAAAUGUUGACUGGUCGAAGAUCCAUGGACAAAAAACAACCAAAUGGUGAGCAUAAUCUGGUGGAAUGGGCACGGCCACACCUUGGGGAGAGGAGAAGAUUCUACCGAAUGAUAGAUCCUCGUCUUGAAGGACGCUUCUCUAUCAAAGGUGCUCAGAAGGCAAUCCAGUUGGCUGCACACUGCCUUAACCGUGAUCCAAAAGCCAGACCUCUGAUGAGUGAAAUUGUUGAAGCCCUGAAGCCUCUGCCUUACCUCAAGGACAUAGCCUGUUCUUCAUCCUACUUUCAGGCCAUGCAAUCAGAGCGUGGCAGCUCCAAUCCAAAUGCUCAGAAUGGAAGUAGAGUGCGGCCAGGUUUGUCAAGGAAUGUGCAACCAACAAAUAGCUUCCUGAAAUUCAAUGGUCACCGUGCCUCUCCAUGUCAUGGUAACAUUUAUCACCGGUCAUCCAUUCCCAAAGUUGGAGAACCAUAG